UCAGUCCAGUCCAGUCCAGUACGCUGCCUGCCAUGGCCCUGUCAGCUGUGUUAUCAGUGUGUCUACUGUGUGUCUGUUGCUUGGUCAAAUCUCAGAGACAUUUUGUACCAGAGGCUAAAUUGGAGUUUUUGAAUCCUGAUGGCUUAAAGAUUUCUCUGCCAGACUGGAAUCCCGCAGUGAAACUAGUCGCUUUUCACAUCAACAUCAACGAAGAGUUCACUGGCGUAGAGCAUGGACAAUACGCUGCGGACAUCACCAGGAAGAAAUCCGGUAGAUGGACCUGGGUCAUACCUGGGUUCAAGGCUAAACAAGGAGAUACAAUCUAUUACUGGAUAAAUGUGAUUGAGGAUAACCAAAGCUACAAUGGCCUUGAUAGAGAGUACAAGGUCACAGUAAGUAACCCCCACGAAGGAGAUGUUGAUAGGAUUCCAACUUCUCCAGCAACAACAACGCCCAAAUCUUGCGUUCCUUCCCAGUCAACUGUCAACGGGAGAACAGCUUGUCAACUGGAAGUGCUCCUGGACAAACGCUUUGACAACUUGGAGGGAUGGACUCACCAAGUAUCUAUAGGAGGAGACCAUCCAGAUGAUGAGUUUACAAUCUUCUUGAAGGAAUCUUACGCCAGCUGGGCAGAAGGUGGGAAACUGUUUAUCAAACCUUCCCUGCUAGAAGACAAAUACAACGACUCAUUUGUCAGGAGUGGAGAAAUGCUUCUCCCAGGCUGCACCUCAUCGGUCCCUGUUCAGUGCAGUAAACGAGCGAGUGCUUUUUUGAUUCUCCCCCCUAUCAUCUCUGCUCGGCUGACUACCAAAGACAAUUUCAGUUUCCGAUACGGGUUUGUUGAAAUUCGGGCAAAGCUACCACAGGGGAUGUGGAUUGUACCAGAACUGUGGCUGGAGCCAGUGAAUGGUCCGGUCUCAGAGAGGGUGGUGGUUGGUCUGUCUCGGGGCAACAUGGAUGACACCGAGUUUGGGUGGAAAACGUUGGAGGCCGGAGUAACAGGAGCUCAGACAUCCUUGAGGAAGAAAACACAGGACACUCCUUGGGCGCAGGACUUUCACACGUUCAAACUUGUCUGGACACCAGGUAAAAUGCAGUUUUUCGUGGAUAAUCAACAAUUCCACGAGGUUGCCACUGGAAGUUAUCCCAUUAUGAAUAAAGAGGUGUUUGUUUCACUUGGCGUACAUGUAGCAGGAUUGACAGACUUCCCUGACAACAUUACAGGGAAACCCUGGAAAAACAGUAGUCCAAAACCUAUUGUGUGGGAGAAAUAUGACUUGUACAUUUUGGAAACUUACAACAUGAUGGAGAGGUUCCUCAGAUUUUGGGACGCCAAGAGCUCUUGGUAUCCUUCUUGGAAUCAGAACUCAGCCCUGCAGAUUGAAUCCAUCAAGAUAACUGCUAUUUAAUCAGUCUCGAGAAUUCCUAAAUAUCUCCUUCUUAUAACAAACCAAAUAAAUAUUUUGAUGAUUAAAUAAUUGACUGUGUUACACUAUAGUUGUGUGUUUGUUUUUGUAAUAAUAUGGUAAUAUUACCUAACAAAGUAAGUUAUAUUUUGAUUGAC